AUCAUUGCCAAGGAUUAUCUUAAUUCACCGGGUACAACAAAGCAAUAUUUUGGUGACCUCUCGGAUAAAGCUCAUCUAUAUAACGGUUUCCAGUUUGUAGGCCUAGAUAGGGAUUACGAAGGCUGUUAUAAUAUGACUUCACUUACCAGUAUGUAUGUUGAUGAGGUUAAACCGCGAUCAUGGCCUCCAGGAGCUUAUGUGUUUGGUAAUAGUCCUCCGGAAAAACCAUACCGAAAAGUUGUUGAGGGCAAGAAGCUCUUCGAAAAGUUCGUCGCGUCCCUGAAUAAUGAAACUGAAGUCGAUGAUAUUAUUGAGCGGUUACUGAUCAUAGGAACGGACAAGAGACAGUGA